CCAUUUCCGGGAGAAACGAUUUCCUGAAGCCAAAGUAUCAAAUAAAUAUUAAAAUAAAGAGAUCGAAAUCCUUGGAUCGAUAAGUAAAAUGUUGCAUUUGAGUCGACUUCGUCCUGUGUGCCCUUCGAAGGGGGAUAAAUAUAUCCCCGUUGAUUGGAAUCGGCAGUCGAUUCAAUCGGGUGAUCGAUUCUUCGCAGUACCUUCACCGAAGUGAAUUCAAAAUAGACACGGACACUUCUGGAGAGAGAGAGCAAGCGAAAGAGAGAUAAGAGACACACAGAGAGAGGGGGGGAAGAUCUCUCUCUCUCCCUGUCCACCACCACAUGGAGGGUGACCUGGAGCCGGACAUGGCCGUGCGGGACGGCUGCCACCUCCCGUCGAGGGGAAAGCGCCCAGACCCCCAGGCCUGCCGCGGCGACUCCUGGGACUCCGGCCCCCACGGAGAGGUUCCGUCGGGGCCCAGGGAUGCGAGCUCCCUCCUGCAGGGCUUGGAGCUCGUUGACACUCGGCGGGGACAGCGAGGAGGAGGAGGAGGAGCAGGAGGAGCAGGAGUAGGAGGAGGAAGAGGAAGAGGAGGAGGAAGAGGAGGAGGAGGCGCCGCCAGCGCCGAUGCCGGGGAUGUCUCAGAAUGCCAUCGGCAGCAGCAGCAGCAGCAGCAGGCCGCCGGUGACGUCGGCAGGAAGAAGAAAAAAUCCGGGGCCAGCCAGCAACGUUUCGUGAAGGACGAGGAGCUGCUGCAGGUCCACGAGACUCUGCGUACCAACGGCGUCGUCUCCGCCUACACCCACGUGAUGAGGCUCGCGGGCCUCGCGGAGUCGUUCGUCGGCGAGGCGAGCGAGAACCACGGGCGCAACGUCAACGAGAGGAACUACGCCAUGCUGAUGCGCUGGAGGGAGAGCCUGGGCCGGCGGGCCACCUACGGCAGGCUGGCCACGGCGCUUCUCAAGGCCGGCUUCGGCGCGACGGCGGUGAUGCUGAGGGAGCUGUGCGAUGGCUUCACUUGGCGGCGGGAGGAGGACGGGGAGGAGGAGGGGGAGGAGGGGGAGCAGUAGGAGGAAGAGGUGGAUGAGGU